UAGGAGUUUAACUUAUACGGGCGUCUUGGCAGUUUCUUUGACUUCGUUUUAUUUUCGCUUUUUAAAAAUUUAAUGUCAGCGUUUACCUCAAAUAGCUGUUGCAAAGCUGACAGAGACUGUUUUUAUUUUAUCUUACUUUAAAGAGGACAAGGAUGAAUAUGUGCAGCCAUCUCUGAGAACAUCUGAGGAUUUAAUUUAUUGUAAUAUUUAAACAUUGCUGUUAACUGUAGAUUUCUUUUAUCACGGCAAUUGCGAACUAUAGCUGGUUUACCUUUGUUUGAAUCCUCGAUGAUGCAAGCACGCUAUUCAGUGCCAGAUCCCAACACUUUGGGAGUCGUCCCGUACCUGAGUGAGCAGAAUUACUACAGGACAGCCGGCAGUUAUGGCAGCAUGCCCACUCCGAUGACUGUUUAUUCUAGCCACGAACAGUACACAACGGGUAUGGCCAGACCCUAUGGACCUUAUCAUCACCAGCAAACGGCACCCAAGGACUUGGUUAAGCCUCCUUACAGCUACAUUGCGCUGAUCACCAUGGCAAUUCAAAACGCUCCUGAUAAGAAAAUCACUCUCAAUGGAAUUUAUCAGUUUAUCAUGGAUCGCUUCCCUUUCUACCGUGAAAAUAAACAAGGCUGGCAGAACAGCAUACGUCACAACUUGUCCCUAAACGAGUGCUUUGUGAAAGUACCACGGGAUGAUAAAAAGCCUGGCAAAGGCAGCUACUGGAGUUUGGACCCGGACUCUUACAACAUGUUUGAAAACGGCAGCUUCCUUAGAAGGAGGAGACGAUUUAAGAAAAAGGACGUCGCACGAGAUAAAGAUGACAGGUCGGGCCAAAUCAAGGACCAAAUAAAAAUCCAGGGGCCGGUCUCCAAGGGGGAUGGCACCUCUAAAGAAGCGCAUGUUGUUGAAAAGAAGGUGGUGAUAAAAAGCGAAGCGUCUUCUCCUGAUAUCCCGGUAAUUACUAAAGUAGAGAGCAGGAGUCCGGAGAGCGGCAGUGCAAUGCAAGGAAGCCCUCGGAGUGUUACAUCCACCCCGUCCGUGUCCACGGACAGCUCAAUGCACGACCAUCACCCUUCAAGCAACGGGCUUUCGGGGUUUAGUGUGGAAAACAUAAUGACCUUAAGAACGUCUCCACAGGGAGACCUGAGUCCGGUGUCCGCUCCGUCCAGCAGGACGAGCUUGGGGCCGUCUUUGAGCUAUCCCCAAUCAUCUUUAUACAGUCAGACUUGCAACCAGACCAUGGACUCCAGUGCGAGCUACCAGUGCAGCAUGAGGGCAAUGAGCCUUUACACAGGUGAGCGAACUGCACACAUGUGCGUUCCAGCUAAUUUGGAGGAUACCAUCUCCGAUCACCACGGCAGCGCCAACUCUCCGCUUAACACGAUGACCAUAGGGGCAAACCAGGAGGGCUCUCUGACUACGGCUCACCAUCAACAAACAGGUGGCACGGGACAAACUGCAUCUUGGUACUUAAAUCACAGUUCAGAUCUCGGCCAUCUGUCUGGUCACACGUUUAGUAGUCAACAGCAACCCUUCCCAAACGUGAGAGAUAUGUUCAGCUCUCAUCGGCUCGGAGUCGACAGCUCAGCACUCAGUGAACAUCAGGUGAACGGAAAUGCCAGCUGUCAGAUCCCUUAUCGUUCCACGGCUUCUAUUUAUCGCCACACAGGCCAUUAUGCCUAUGACUGCACAAAAUAUUGAUCUUAAUUGUGCUAACCCUGAACAAAACCUGCACGAGUUCAACUUUCCAGUGGGAGGAAAGAAGUGAGGCCAUUUUCAAGGUAUAGAUUAUGUAAAUGUAUCGUUUUGUGUUUGCUCAAGAUGCAGUUGCUAUCUGUAAAGAACAGGAAUAGGAAAACAAAACUACUUGAAUAAUGAGUCUGUGCCAAGGUUUGGUUAACGGAAUAGUGUGUGGACCAGUGUUACGGUGGACGUGUACAAAUGAACUGUUUCAAGUUUUUUUUAUAUAUGUUAUAUUAUACAUUUUGUAAAGUUUACGAAUCUGAAAUUGGGCUCCAUUAACCGAGCCAUUAAGUAUUAUAUUUAAAGUUGAGUUCACUGGAUUAUUUUGUAUAUUUCCAAUAAUCUUAAAUCCAUAUUGUGUUCUUUUUAUCUUAUUCACAUAAAUGUCAGCAGUAUUUUAUGAUAUUGCAAAGCAACUAAUUUAUUUAGGAGAGAAAUGUUUUCUUUUCUGGCUCGCUGAUGUUUUGUUUUCGGGUGUUUUUAUUUUCAGCAUCCUAAACAUUCCUUACCAUGUUAAAUGUCUGUCCUUUUAGACUCACUACCAUAUGUUGUACUUAAGUUUAAAAUAAAUGUUUUUUCUUUUUCAUUA